AUGGAUAGGAACCUGAUUGAUGCUGCCAGUGGAGGAGUUCUUGUUAACAAAACACCCAAUGAAGCUAAGGCGUUGAUCUCAAACAUGGCUGCAAAUGCUCAACAGUUUGGAACGAGAGCCAAUAGCAGUGUUGUGUACCAGGUGCAAGAAACUCCGACCCAGCCUUCAGCAGUGGCAUCAAGUGCUGACAAUCAGCAAAUUGAAAAUAGACUUGAUGAAUUGGCAACCAUGGUGAGACAGUUGGCAGUUACCCAGACAGUCCAGACUUCUGUUCCACAGUUCGGCAAUCCAUGUGGCAUAUGCAGUGAUCAUUUUCACUCCACUGAUGCUUGCCCUUCUCUACAAGAGGGCUCCAUUCCUGCAGACCAGUCAGUAGCUGCAGUCUUUCCUGGGAAACCACAGUUCCAGCAGCAGCAGAGUAAUCCAUUCUCCAACACUUACAAUCCUGGCUGGAAGAAUCAUCCCAACCUCAAAUGGAACCAGAAUCAGCAAAAUGUUCCAUAUCAGCAGAGUCAACAAAAUUUUCCAUACCAACAGAAGCAGCAGUUCAUUCCACAGCAGAGACAAAACUUCCAGCAACCUGCUCCUCAACAGUUACAACAACAACCACUAGUGCAGCAGCAAAACAGUGUCAGUGGUCCUUCGUUGGAGGACUUAAUGAAACAGAUGGCCACCAACAAUCUGGAGUUUCAACAGAGGACAGAAUCCACAAUCCAGAAUUUGCAGACACAGAUCGGGCAAUUGGCGACAUCAAUGAACCAGCAAAUGGAGGAGCCAAACCAAGCUGAUGUUGAGUCAUCUAAGGGAGGUGACACUAGCUCCAAGAAGCAGAGCACUGAUACAUCUGAUGUCCAUAUCCCUCUGCCUUUCCCUCAGAGAGCCACUCAGUCCAAGAAGCAAUCAGCAAAGGCUCGAGAUAAAGAGAUACUUGACACCUUCCGAAAAGUUGAGGUGAACAUCCCUCUUCUGGAUGCAAUACAGCAGAUUCCGAGAUAUGCCAAGUUUCUAAAGGAGCUGUGCACCAACAAGAGAAGACUGAAAGGAGAUGAGCAAGUUAACCUGAACUUAGGGGCUUCCAUUAAUGUCAUGCCUGAAUCUGUAUAUAAGUCUCUUGGACUUGGUCCUUUGCGUGCUACUAGUAUUGUGGUUACAUUAGCUAACAGGAGUAGUAUUCACCCAUCUGGUUUGAUUGAGGAUGUAUUGGUCAGAGUUAAUAAUCUGAUUUUUCCUGCUGACUUCUACAUUUUAGAAAUGGAGAGUGAGACUGCUACUAAUAGAUCACCAAUUAUACUUGGUAGGCCUUUCAUGAGAACAGCUAGAACAAAGAUAGAUGUUCAUUCUGGUACUCUAUCCAUGGAAUUUGGUGAUAGCAUUUUACAUUUUAGUAUAUUUGAUUCCAUGAAGCAUUCUAAGGUUCAGGUUGAUCAUUCAGUUUCAUGCAUAAAAGUGAUUCAUGAUGUGGCUGAUAAGGUUGAUUUUGAAUUGAUUAGUGAUUGUGCAUUACCUGUGGAUUAUGACUUGCCUAUUAAUGUUAAUUCUGAAUGUGUACUAAAUGCGAAGUUAUGCAAGACUCCCCAUUCUGGUAAUGAUUUUGAUCCUAACUCUCAUGGACCCAAGAUGAAAUGGGUACCAAAAAGUUCUUCCUCUAUUUUUAGUAUGCAGAAAAGUUUGCAUAAGGUUGGAAGAAAGGAUCAAGAGAAGAAGAAAUACACACAGAAAAGAAAGCCCCCAAAGUUGCGUGAUAAGCAGAUGGGGAAGACUUGCACAAUGAUUUGCCAUCACCUCAAAGUUGUUAAUGAAGGACCCCAGAAGCAACCUGUGGAGACAGAGGCUCUGCUCAUUGAUGCUACUUAUCCUCCUUAG